CUUUGUUAUUAUUACAAUGGCGACUAAAAUGAUAACACUUAGGACGGCUGUUACCCAACUAGGACUUUUGCUUCAAAAGUUCCCUCGUUCUUCAAUGCUGAAUCAAAAUGCUGUUAUUACCAGAUGCAUGCAUUUCAAUUAUGUUCCCGAAACACCAGCGAAAGAAUUUGGGGAAACUACUCGAAUGAACUUGUUUCAGUCUAUUACAAGUGCUCUAGACAUUGCCCUUGCCAAAGAUUCCUCAGCAGUUCUGUUUGGUGAAGAUGUAGCAUUUGGUGGUGUGUUUAGAUGUAGUGUUGGACUUAAGGACAAAUAUGGUGCAGACCGUGUUUUCAACAGUCCUCUGAGUGAGCAGGGGAUCGUGGCAUUUGGUAUUGGAAUAGCACUGACUGGUGCCACUGCCAUAGCAGAGAUUCAGUUUGCUGACUACAUCUUCCCAGGCUUUGAUCAGUUAAGGAAUGAAGCUGCCAUGUACAGAUACAGAUCUGGUAAUGAAUUUGACUGCGGCAGGCUGACUAUUAGAGCACCAUGCAGCGCGGUGGGGCAUGGGUCCCUGUAUCACUCGCAGAGUGUGGAGGCUUUCUUUGCUCACUGUCCUGGGUUAAAAGUAGUGACACCCCGAGGGCCAGUCCAGGCUAAAGGGUUGCUCCUGGCCUGUAUACGAGACAACAACCCCUGCAUCUUCCUAGAGCCCAAGAUCUUGUACAGGUCGGCAGUGGAGGAGGUGCCUGUGGGAGACUACAUGUUGCCCCUGUCUAAGGCGGAGGUUGUGUUGGAGGGCACAGACGUGACCUUGAUAGGGUGGGGCACCCAGGUGCACGUGCUAAAGGAGGUGGCGGGGCUGGCGCAGCAAAAACUCAACGUCUCGUGUGAGGUCAUUGACCUACGCACGGUUCUACCCUGGGAUAGAGAUACUAUAAUGCAGUCUGUGAAGAAAACAGGGCGUGUCCUAAUUUCCCAUGAGGCGCCCAUUACUAUGGGGUUUGGUGCUGAGCUAGCAGCCUCUAUUCAGCAAGAAUGUUUCCUCCACCUGGAGGCGCCCAUUGAGCGGGUGUGUGGCUACGACACGCCCUUCCCCCACGUGUACGAGGUGUUCUACAUGCCGGACAAGUGGAGGUGUAUAGAGGCCAUCAAAAAACUUGUUAGUUUCUGAUUCAUGCACAGACUUGGUUGGUUGGGACAGUGGAUCCGCUGAUGGCUGGUUCACCUGGUAGUGAUGUAUAAACCAGUGGUUUUAUCGUGUGGAUGUCUUGUAAAAUUGAUGUGUGAUUAUAAUUAAUGUCAACUUGAUAUUUUGUUUGUAAAUAGAAACCCAGUUGCGAGAUUCAAUAUGAGAGCAUGAGGUAAAGGAGAUAUUUGGCUGUACACGAGGAGGUACUGGGUGGUUGAUGACCUACUUGUUAGGUGGUCAGCUGUUGACCUACUUGUUAGGUGGUCAGCUGGCAGCUAGAUAUGGCUGCAGUGGCUGUAGGUCAAGCCUGGUCACUCCAAGCUGUGUGGGUCAGCUGCUCUUGGUGCGAUGUAAUGUUCUAUACCAGAUUUUAUGUAUUUCUUUUGUUGCUGUAUCUCCGUCUUGAUGGGUAGUGUCGCCUCUACCCCAGCUGGGGUAGUGUCGCCACUACCCCAUCUAGGGUAGUGUCGCCUCUACCCCAUCUAGGGUAGUGUCGCCUCUACCCCAUCUAGGGUAGUGUCGCCUCUACCCCAUCUAGGGUAGUGUCGACUCUACCCCAUCUAGGGUAGUGUCGCCUCUACCCCAUAUAGGGUAGUGUUGCCUCUACCCCAUCUAGGGUAGUGUCGCCUCUAUCCUAGCUAGGGUAGUGUCGCUAACUGAAGGUAUUGUGUUAUUGUUAUUAUUCCUGUAAACCAAACCUUACAUAAACAAAGCUAAGAACUAUUGUACUUGGUGUGGUAUCGCCUCCCACUAAGUCUAUUGGACAACUCAUGAUGUUCAACAUCCUUGACCAGAGUGGCACUAGAAUGACCAUAAGAGUUGUGACCUAGAUAGAUGCUCCCCCUGAUAGCAGCUGUGAUGAAAGCUUGUCCACAUCCAACAGGGUCACUUGUUUUAUGUUCAACAUUGAGAACUCAUUCUCGCUUAUCCAGAAAUAUUUUCAAACUUGCAACACUAAAUAUGGAGGUUUUAUUCUCGCUUAUUCAGAAAUAUUUACAAACCUAAAACAUUAAACAUGUACAUAGUCA